GGAAAUCACCAUUAGACUCUAGCCUGUAAUGAAAUAUCUGGCCUGUUUGACUCUUGCCGACUUCCUGUUCUUUUUUACAGAUUCUGCAUCUUCAUUGGCUCUCACCUCACCAUCAGUUGCUGCUUCUACUAAUAAUUAUGCAAAUUCCAUGUGGGGGGCCAGCUCAGGCAGCCAGGCCCCCUCUCAGGGCAAGGAGAAGGUCAUCGUUGACGGCAACGACCUGGAGGAGUGGCCUAGUAUUGCUGGCAGCGAUGGAGGAAACGGCGGCACGCCUGUGACAAGCAUCAGUGCCUCUGGCAGCCAACCCUCACCCACUUCCUCGUUCUCUUUGCCCAAUGAAUGUAUGCAGUUGCCUAACAGUGCGGCGUGGGGGUCAACUGCCCCCCAGGGUCAUCUUGGAGGAGGUGCAGCUGGGGCUCUGCUGCAACAGCCCUCCUCUGUUUCCAAAGCCCCUGCUGUGCCCGGGAGCCACGACGCCAGUGGCCCCCUGGAUGGUAGCAGUGGAAUUCCAGGUGCCAACUUCAGUCCAAAUGCCAACCCUUCAGCCUGGCCUGCUCUGGUGCAGCAGGACGGCCCCGCCGCUGCCAACAACACCGCCUCCAUGGGGCUGGGGGGCGGGGCAGCCGGGGGUCUGGGGGGCCACCCAUCUAUAUCUGUGAAUCAGUCAAGCGCCCAUCAGCACCAACUUCACCAAAUGCAAUCCAGAGACAGAGACGUUGGAGGGGGGAAGUGGGACGGUGAAUCAGCAGGACCAAAUAUUUCAGGGGGGGAAGGGAUUGGGGGAGGAAUGGACCAUGGUGUUGGGGGGGGCAGGGUAGGUGCAGGAGACCCGAGCCAUGCCCCCUGCUGGAGAGGCCAACCUUACCCUGCAGCUUACUCCAAAACGGGUGCCUCAAGGACUGACGGAUGGGAGGGAGGGGCAGCAGAAGGGGAUAAAGGGACUUUGGGUUGGGGGUACCCUAGUGCUGAAAAUGGGGGUCAAACCUCCGGGGCAUCUCAGGGAGGAUGGGGGUUACCAGUGGGAGCGGAUCGAGGGGUUUCCAGUAGCGACUGGGGUGGCGGGUCGAAACCUGCAGCUGAAGAAAUGGGAAACUGCAGCAGCAACAGCAGCAGCAGCGGCGGCAGCACUGCAGGGAACCCCCCCACUGCGUCCUCAUCCACCGCCCCCGCUGCUAGCAGAGCCUGGGACAAUCAGAAAGAAGACGGGGAAGUUGGGGAAUGGGGCGACGGCGCCGGGGGGCAAGGAGGACACGGGGGUUCUUCAUCCAGCGGCGGAAACUCCCGAAGUGGAAGCGGGCCCAACGGCAACCGCAUUCGUCGACAGGCGCCCAACACAGAAGCUGCCUUACAGAACCUGCUCAGCCGGUCCGACCUGGACCCGCGGGUCCUGUCCAACUCCGGCUGGGGCCAGACGCAGAUUCGCCAAAACACGGCCUGGGAUGUCGAGGAACAAAUCAAAGCUUCAUCAAAACACCCCGUUGCUCUGGGCGGACCCAGAACCCUCAGCACCGACUCGUCGGGUCCGGGGGUCAGUCCCUCGUUGGUUCCCUCCACCGGGUCAUCAGGGGAAGGCUGGGAGAGCAGCAGCAGCAACAGCAGCAGCAGUGGGGCGUCUCUGUCUGGGAGAGGCCCCCCAACCGCAGGCACCAACAUGAGGCACAUGUCGCAGUCCGGAUCAGUGGCACCCGGCGUGGGGUCCGGGCUGACCCAGGGCAAGGCGUCGGGUUGGGGGGGAGGGGAUAGUCAUGAAGCCAAGGACUGGGGGGGCAACAGUCGGGCAGAAAAGGGCGGAGGAUGGGGGGGAGUCGGACAGCAGGAGAAAGGGACGGAGGGCUGGAAGGACGUAGGGGGGAACAACGAAGGCAGCGGCUGGGGAUCAAAACCCAAGGUUGGAUCGGGUAAGAAUUGGUUGGAGCAAGAAUCAAAAUCGGGUGGAGGUUGGGAUGACGAGAGGAGGAGCGGCGCGCACUCAGGGGGGGAUUUAGGUGGAGGUGGUUGGGGGAACUGGGACAGCAGCGCCCCCCGGAGGAGCUGGGGGGCAGGAGGCACAGGGGGAGGGAGUGGAGGAGGCGGUGGGGUGGACGGCGUUGGAGGCAUGGCGUCCAAACCUCACCAGGGUUGGAGUGGAGGAAAUAAAAUGCACCAGAUGCCAAACAGCCAGCCGGGCUCCAUGCCAGGCCCGCCGGCCCAACCGCAACAAUCACAGCCCCGCAAUCAGAACCCGCAGCUGCAGAAAGCGCUGAACCAAGGGGCCAUGCAAGGCGGCGGCGGGGGGAGGAAGACGGCCGCUCAGACGCAGAACCAAAGCUCAGGCUGGAACUCGGGACCAAUCCCUGCCGGAGGCGGGAGUGGACCAGAACCGAGCGGCUGGGAGGAGCCAUCCCCGCAGUCCAUAAGCAGGAAGAGCGAGAUCGACGACGGGACGUCGGCGUGGGGAGACCCGACCCAUUACAACUACAAGCCGGUUAACCUGUGGGACAAGAACAGCGGCACUGCUAGCCAGCAGCCGCAUGGGCCGGGUCAGAACCAGCAGCCGCAACCGGGACCGCCGGUCCAGCAGCAGCCCAACAGGCCGACCGCGGCGCUCACAGAACCUUCAGGCUGGGGCGGCGCGACUCCAGCUGCUCCGUCGGUGGACAACGGCACGACAGCCUGGGGGAAACCCAGCGACGCUCCCGCUGGCUGGGGGGAAGCCGACGACGCCGGGGCGAAGCCGGCGGGCUGGGGCAACGCUCCUUCAAACUCCAUCAGAUCUGGUUCGAAGUCUAUGCAAGACGGCUGGGGGGAGAAGGAGAGUUCGGUGGCGGCGUCGUGCCACUCCAGCUGGGAGGACGAGGAGGACGGAGGAGGCAUGUGGAACAGCGCCGGCUCCCAGGGCAGCGGCUCCUCCUGGGGCCAGGGCAGCAACGGAGGCUGGGGGCCAGGCAACCCGGGCAAGAAGACCGGCGGCAAGGCUCCGCUAAAGGCUGCAGGAGAUUCCUGGAUGAGUCCCAUCAACAGGCAGUUUUCCAACAUGGGGAUUCUGAACGACGAGCCCGGCGGGCCGAGCAUGGACCUGCCGCCGGAGAAGAAGCUGGAGGCGGAGAAGAGAGGGAUGGCGAUGAACGACUACAACGGAGAGAUGAGGAAAGGAGGAAGAGGGCCGAGUGGAGGAGUGCUGUACCGUCCCGGGUCCAAAGAGCCGGCGCCGGCGGACGCGGCGUCUUACUACGAUAAGACCUCACAUUUGGCCAAUCAGGACGGUUGCCUUGGAGACGAGGCGCCUCGCUCUCUGCACUCGCCUCCCGCCGCCUUCAAGCCCCAUUCCCUCUUCAGCCACUCUGUCCCCUUUAGACAAGGCGGCCACAGCAUCUUUGGCGGGACCGGAGGGAUGUCCCAGUCACGGCAUCAGCCCGGUGUCCCGCCCAUGAACCAGUCCCCAGGGAUGCGAGCACAAGUGCCUCAUCAGUUCCUGUCUGCCCAGGUGCCGGGGUCCAUGCUGAAGCCGAUGCCGCCUCCCAGCGGGGCGGUGGGGGCCGUCGGGGGAGGCGUGUUCCCCCCACAGCUGUCCCCGCAGCACAUCGCCAUGCUCAGCAUCUACCCGCCUCAGAUCCAGCUGCAGCUGGCUUGUCAGCUCUUACUGCAGCAGCAGCCGCCGCCGGCGCCGCCGCCGCCGCAGCCGAUGCUGCAGAACCAGAGGAAGUUCUCACCAAACGUUCGUCAGCAGCCCGACCCUCAGCAGCUGGCCCGCAUCAUGACCGUCCUGCAGCAGCAGCAGCAGCAGAGGCAGCACCAGCAGAUCGGCGGCCUGGGGUCCGGCUCCAAGUUCUCCCCCUCCCACCACGGCGGGUCGGGUCCCAAACUCCCCGGCGCCGAAGCGCUGCCCCAUCCGGGCCUGGCCGGGUCCGUGGCGGACCUGCAGCAGAAGCCCUUCGGACCGUACUCGGGCUUCGGUUCUGCUGUGAACCUGCCGGGUCUGGACCUGGGCGGCUCCAUGGGGGGCGGCGCCGGCGCCAUGAAGGACCCGGCGGCGCCGCAGUCCCGCUUCAGAUGGAUGAUGGAGGGCAGCUGCUCCGCCGACGCUUCCUCACCGGAAAACGCUUUCCACAAAAACGGCCCCGUCGCCCCCAUCAAGAUGCCAGGCGCCUCCCAUUACUCCCAGUUUGACUUGCUGGUUGGAGACGGAGCGAGCGACGGCUGGCAUCGCACCCCCGGCAACAAGAUGGCCGCCAAGCCCAGCAGCGCCCCCAGCUGGCCGCCCGAGUUCCAGCCCGGCGUGCCGUGGAAGGGAAUCGACCGCGUCGACCCGGAGUCCGACCCGUACAUGACGCCGGGGAGCAUGAUGGGAAAUGCGGUCUCACCCGGCCUCAACGACUCGGAGCACCAGCUGCUGCAAGACAAUGCCGACUCCACCCCCCCCCUGAACACCUUGCUGCCUUCACCUGGUGCCUGGCCCUAUAGUGCCUCAGACAGCCUUCUUAACAAUGCACACAACUCAGCAAAGUACACAGACUAUAAGACCAGCUGGCCUCCAGAACCCAUUGGACACAAGUCCUGGAAAGCCAGCCGCAGCAGCAGCCAGGCCCAGCUGGCCCGGCCUCCGCCCGGCCUGGCCGGCCAGAAGCCGCCGUCGUCCUCGCCCUGGUCUGGAGGAGCGCCGCGGCUCGCUGGGAGGGGCUGGGGCAGCGGCGCCACCAACACCGGUUCGACCUGGAGCGACGGGAACGGCCGGGAAAGCUGCUGGCUGGUGCUCAGUAACCUCACGCCGCAGAUCGACGGCUCCACCCUGAGAACCAUCUGCAUGCAGCACGGCCCCCUGCUGACCUUUCACCUCGGCCUGACCCAGGGCACCGCUCUGAUCCGCUACGGCUCCAAGCAGGAGGCGGCCAAGGCCCAGAGCGCGCUCCACAUGUGCGUUCUGGGUAACACCACCAUCUUGGCGGAGUUCGUCAGCGAGGAAGAAGUCGCUCGUUAUAUUGCACAUUCCCAGGCCGGAGGAGCAGGGAGCGAAGGAGCCGCCGCCCCCGGGACCGAUCUUCAGAUGUUUGAAGUUUAA